AUGGGUCGUGGAAACAGUUGUGGUGGUGGUCAAAGCUCACUGGAUUAUCUCUUUGGUGGUGAUGCUCCUGCUCCUAAGCAAGCUCCAGCUCCUCGUCCUUCUCCUACUGAGCCGAACAACGCUACUGCUGCACCAGCUGUAGCACCGCCUGUGACUGCAACCGCACACACAACUGCUACUACUACUGUUGAGCCAGCAGAGCUCAACAAGCAGAUUCCUGCUGGUAUCAAAACUCCAGUUAACAACUAUGCCCGAGCUGAAGGACAGAACACCGGCAACUUCCUCACUGACCGUCCUUCGACCAAAGUUCAUGCAGCUCCUGGAGGUGGAUCAUCUCUGGAUUAUCUCUUCACUGGUGGCAAGUAA